CCAGGUCUCACAGAAGACAGAGAUGUCAGCUUUAAAUCGUGGAGUAAUUGGAGAAGGAGAGAAACUGAAAAAGGACAAUUUUCCUGUUCCCAAGCAAAACCUCCCAGCAGAGCAACAUGAAGACCCAUCUAAAAAACUCUUUUAUCAAGGCUCGCAUCUUGAGGGGAGGCCUACAUUAUACCCCCCUGCAAUCUAUCAAGAUUCUCAGUUUUUACACCAUGGGGUAAUCCGAGAGGGAGAGAAACAUAAAAAUAACAACAUUUCUGUUCCUGAGCAAAACAUCUCAGCAGAUGGAAAGGUCUUUUACCAAUGGGCAGAUCUCGAGGGGACAUCUACAUCAUAUUCACAUGCAAGGGAAGGAGAGAAACUGAAAAACAAAAAAAAAUCUGUUCCUGAGCACAACAUCCUAGCAGAAAGAACGGAAGACUUGUCUAAGAACAACGUUUAUCAAGUCUCUCAAACGGAGCGCAUACAUGCAUCAUAUCCUCCUGCCCUCUACCAGGGGACACAGACGACUGAGAUGUCUGGUUCAAAUCGUGGAGUAAUUGCAGAGGGAGAGAAACUUACAAAUAACAAGGAGCCUGUUAUUGAGUUAAACAUCCCAGAAGUAAGAGUGGAAGAGCCGCCUAAGACCGCCUUUUGGCAGGGAUUGCAAUUUGAGGCAUCACAAUCAGUGACGAGAAGCCUGGCCAACGAACAAGCAGCCACGCAAGAAACGCUGGAGAUGACCCGUAUGGGUGUUUCGUCACAGGAAGAACUUCAUCCACCAGACAACAGCUCCUCAGGGCAAAGCCUCAGUGACUCAAAUACAGCAAUGAUUCCUCACGUUGGAUCAGAUCCUACUGGAGUUUUGCCUGGAGCAGCGUUCCCAUUGGUCCCUUGUCAUAAUGAAGAGAAAACCUUAAUUCCAUUGAAAUGCUUAUCGCAGCAGCGUGAUGGAAACAUUCGUGCAUCGGGAGGGAAAGAAAUUGAGUCGCCAAACAUUUCAUUUAAAAGUGAACCUUCUCCUGCCAAACCUAACGAGAAUAUAAGAAACACGGUCCAGAAUUUGUCGAAGGACUGUGGUGAGGAGAACAGAUUAGAUGUACCUGGCAAGGAGUGUCCUAGUAUUGACGGUUCAAACACUGUGGCACAUCCAUCUUUGACAGAAUUGCACAGUCUGAAGAACAAAGAUUAUGCACAUCUAUCUGUAGAUGCCAUAGGACAAACUGAGUUGUCUGAACUUGAACCCUCUCCACUCCAACCAAACAAGACUGGCCAACAUCUGUUGAAAGAAUUGGGUGAGGAAAAGGGUUCCGAUGUACCUGCCAAGGACUAUCCUAGCAUUGUCAGACUAAAGGAUACGGAACAUUUAUCCAUGCCCGAUCUGAACACCCCGAAGGACAAAAAUCAUUCGCAGCUAAGUGUAGAUGCCAUUGAAGCAACUGAGUUGUCAGAAAGUGGAGCAUCUCCCUCCGGAUCAGACAGGACUGACGAGAAUUUGUUAAAAGGAUGUGGUGAGGAAAAGAGUUCAGAUGUACAUAGCAACAACUUCUCAAAACCUGCUGAGCAGCCAUCUUUGGCAGAAAUGGACGGUCCGAAGGAAAAAGAAUGUGGUGAGGAGAAGAGUCCAGAUGUACCUGGCAAUGACUGUCCUAGUAUUGACUGCUCAAAGGCUGCAGAGUAUUCACCUUUGGCAGAAAUGGACAACACAAAGAACGAAGAUCUUCCCCAGUUAAGUGUAGAUGUCAUUGGAGAAACUAAGUUGUCUGAGAGUGGACGCUCUCCUUCCAGAUCAGACAGGAUUGCCCAUCAUUUGUUAAAAGAAUGUGGUGAGGAAAAGAGUUCAGAUGUACAUAGCAACGAAGGCUCAAAACCUGCAGAGCACCCUUCUUUGGCAGAAAUGGACAGUCCCAAGGGAAAAGAAUGUGGUGAGGAGAAGAGUCCAGAUGUACCUGGCAAUGACUGUCCUAGUAUUGACUGCUCAAAGGCUGCCGAGUAUUCAUCUUUGGCAGAAAUGGACAACACAAAGAACGAAGAUCUUCCCCACUUAAGUGUAGAUGUCAUUGGAGAAACUAAGUUGUCUGAGAGUGGACGCUCUCCUUCCAGAUCAGACAGGACUGCCCAUAAUUUGUUAAAAGAAUGUGGUGAGGAAAAUAAUUCAGAUGUACAUGGCAAUGGAGGCUCAAAACCUGCAGAGCAUCCUUCUUUGGCAGAAAUGGACAGUCCCAAGGGAAAAGAAUGUGGUGAGGAAAAGAGUUCAGAUGUACCUGGCAAGGACUGUCCUAGAAUUGUCUGCUUAAAGGAUGCUAAGUAUUCAUCUUUGGCAGAAAUGGACAAUGCAAAGAACGAAGAUCUUUCCCAGAUAGGUGGGGAUGUCCUUGGAGAGCUUCGGUUGUGUAAAGGUGAACCCUAUCUUCCCAAAUCAGACCAGCUGCAGGACGUUCCUGGUAAGGGAUUUCCUAGUACUGACAGUUCGGAGGUUAUGGAACAUCCGCCUUUGUCAAAAAUUGAGAGCGUCAAAGACCGUGACAGAGAUCAUGCACAAAGCAGUGUGAAUGUCAUUGGAGUACUAAAGAAGCAUAAGUGGAAAGGUGGUCAGCGCAAGAAAAAGAAAACUCUAGUAAAAAUGGCUGAACUACUUGAAAGCACUGAAGAACGGGGGCAAGACACUAAAGAUGCAGGUCAAACAAAAAUUGGACAGAGUGGCACACAGACACAGAAUGUCCAGCUUAACUACACAAAUAAGAAAAGCCAUCCCUCCUUUCCAAGUCCAGUCAAAGAAUUUAUUUACAACUUCAGUUUAUCUCCACUAUCUGACCAUCACACUCAAAACCCAAAGUCUCAUGGAUCUACAGCUUUGGACAUAUUGCCUAUAAAUACCAGCAAAUCCAAUGUAAAAUCAGACUUGCACAAGAAGCAACAAGACAAAGCAUUUCCUAAUGUUCCUCAGGUGGACUGUCUAAAUCAACCUAUUGCCAUCCAAGGAAGCGAAAUUGCAUCACUACAGAAAGAAGGAAACUUGACAGAUGACAUGACUUCCACAAAACAAACCUCAAAACCAACACCUAAGAAAUCUAUACAUUCCAGUAAAGGCUCCAAAAAGAAAAACAAAGUAAAACAAAGGAAAGGCUUUGGGAAGGAAGCUGAUGGCAAGGUGAGGCGGCAGGUGAACGCAGCCAUCACACAACCCCCACUGAGAAGAAAAAAGGGAAAGAGGAGGAAAGCUUCGAGACGUGAAGAAAAUGGAUUGAGUUUGAAUAGCAGCAGCAGCGUUGAACAGGCACCCGGCCGAUCUGACUCUACACCACAGGAAUUGAAUCAUUCCAUAUCACAAGGUCAUUCAACAAAAGUACAGUCUGAAGUUGAAGUAACAGCUGCUGUUGUGCGUCAUAAAAGAACGAUGAAAGAGGGAAGAAAGGGUGCAAAAACCCUCAAACGGGGAAGAAAGAGUCCAAAUGACUAUGGACCCUCGCAAAGAGCUUUAACAGAGGACCUUUUUGUGAAAAAAGAUGGUGCAAAUCUCACAACCUCAGCUCCUGCAAGUACUGUCCCAGAACAAAGGAAAUUGCAGGGAAAGGAAAAGCUGCCAGAGGAUAGCCAAGUCACGUCUCCACAAAAAACACUGCAUAUCCUAAAGGGUAGCGGUUUCAAAAAGCCAAGACUUCGUACAGCACGGUCAUCUGCCCAGGACAUUGCUUUAACUGUGGUGACAGCUGAAGCAGCCCCUAAGACCAGUAGCCCAACAACUUCCAAGGUCAGGGAAACUAUGGCCUCUAAAGAAGACGUUCAUUUGUCAAUUGCAAAUGCCAGUUUUGAAUUUGCAGAGGAAGAAUUUGAUAUACCUGUCAUAAAGGUAACAACCAAGACGGAUGUUCCUUUUGAAAUAACACGGUCUGAUGAAAAGUUAUCAAAAGUCGAAACUCCAGUAUCCCUGGAAGGAUCCAGCAACAUCCUGUCCAAAUUACCUGGAACAGAAGCCCAGUCUACUUGUGUCCAUACAGGUGCUAAACCUGUAACAGAACUUUCAAGCAAGCAACAGAAACAAAAAUCCACUUUGGAACAACAGUCAACUGAUAGGUGUAAUGAGGUAGAGAAACAGUCUGAAAUUGGCAGGAAAGAAAAUAAGGAUCAACGCCACAGGUGUACAGAGAUAAAACUGGAACAGGCUUUAUUUGCACUAUCGGCAAUUAAAAUGGGAUACCCCACAGUAGAAUCGAGUCCUUCGACCAAUGUAAGCCCCUCACCAGUGUUGAAACGAAAAGUUGGAAGACCAGUCAAGAAAAAGACACUGUUAAGAAUGGCUAAAACUUUGAAUAUAGUGCAAGAAGACACAUCUUGUUCUACUGGAAAUAGUAGCAAUAAUGAGCUUAUACAGGAAAUCCUCCCAAGUAAAAACCCUAUGCAGCCACCAAGAACAAAGAAAAAGUUAGCAGCCAAACCACUUGUCACCCCUACAAGAAAGUCAAAUCGAGCUGUCAGUUCCAUCAAAGCAGAUGUUGACUACUCGUCUACGUCAACAGUGUCCAUAGACACAGGACAUAAGGGGCAUGCUGACACAUGCUCAGUAGCUUUACAUAGACUGUCAGAUACAAUGACAAUUGGACAGAGCUUUGUAAACAAAGUAGCCCAAGACUCAGAAGAAAUAACAGGUCUAGAGACCGAUGAGCAGGACCUUCAGGAAUCGACUCAGGUGGAGACCAAAACGGUGAGGGCUGUGAAGAGUAAGAAAAAGAUUAUAGGAAGGAUAAAAAUGGCACGACGAAAGCACGUCCAACAAUUGGCAAAAGUCACCUCCCUUCCAAAGGACGAUCUUUUACCAUAUAAUGAAGGAGGAGAUGGUAAAGGGACCGCAAUCAAACCAGAUGAGGCAGAAUUCGCAUUGUCUGCAGUAGACGUGGGACAACUUGCAGAUGUACUGCCGAGUUCCUCAAAACAUACAAACCCCUCGGUGAGGUUAAAACGAAAACGUGGUAGACCACCUUCAAAGAAGACAUUGUUACGGGAGGAACAUCAAGGAAUACAGGAGGCAAACUCUAGUUCUACUGAAAAUGGUGGUCUGACGGUAGAAGAAAUUCAUGAAGAAAAAGCACAGCAUCACGCACAAGGGCAAAAGAACGGGGGAAAAAACAAACCAUCAGUCAUUCCUCCAAGAAGGUCACUUCGAGCCUUUGGAGCUGUCAGAGAACAGGGUGACCGACCAUCUUUGAGAGCUACAUCUGACCAUGAAGAAGACACUGACAUGUCAUGCACAAGGGAACUAUCUCCAGAUUCCAAGAAAACUACACCGAAUGAGACUGAUGAACAAGAUGUGGAGAAAGUGACAACUGUGAGGGUCAUGAAAAGGAAAAAGAAGGCAUUGAUGCCUAAGAAAAAGAAACAAGGAUGGAGAAAGCUCAAUGAAAAGCUAGGUAGAUCUAAAUCCUCUCAAGAAAAUGGCCACUCACCAAGUCAUGAAAAUGGUGCUGAUGUUACUGAAGAAAACUGUAAAAUCACAGAAAUAAAACCAGAACAGACAGAAUCUGUCCCAGUGUCAACAGGAGACACAGAAUAUUGUGAAGGUUUACAGCAGAGGUCCACAAAUCAAAGUGUCCUAGCCACUGUGAAAAGAAAAGUUGGCAGACCGCUCAAGAAGAAGACACUGUUAAGAAUGGCUACACUCGUGAAAAUAGUACAAAAAGAGAAGUCAAGAGCUUCAGCAAAUAUGACUGUGGAUGAUAACCUUGAAAGGGUACUCCAAGAAAAACGACAGCAACGUCAGUCAUCAAGAAUAAAGAAAGAGAAAAUGACUAGACCAGCUAUUACUCCAGAAAGAAGGUCACUUCGAAAUACUGAGUUGGGUAAGAUGGUGAAAGACCGUUCAUUUUUAGAUCUCUCUGAAGGAACUGACGACGAAGAAAAUACUGACACAAGUUCAAGGCAGGAAAAUACAUCUGAGCAAGACUCUGAGAAAGCCACAGUGAGUGAGACUGAUCAACACGAUCAUCAGCAAGUGCCUGAAGAAAGUGACACCACAGUUGUGAGAAAUUUGAUGAAAAAAAGAAAAAGAAAGUAUUUUAAAUUUUCCAAAAAGAAAAUGGGAAAAUGGAAAAAGUCUGCUCAGCAGUUGGAUCAAGGUAUCUCCACCCAGGAAGAGGUUGAUGUCGAUGGUGCUUCUGAUGGAGAUAGUGCACCUGUCACCACUGAGGAUGUAGAUGCUUUAGAGAAGGUGCCAUCUGUUCCUGUAUCAAGUAAGGAGGAGGAGGAGGAGGAGGAGGAAGAAAGCUAUGAGAGAGACUCCGAUGUCAAGGUUCACUGUAGAGCCUGCUGCAAGUCUAGUGGGGAGGAGAAGGCCUGUGGUGGACCCUUGUCUGACAUUUGGAACGGUCUAGAAACAGACGAGAUCCCUCAGAUUCCUGAUGAGCCCCAGUCCCCAGAACACAUGGAUGAGGAAUGUUUCCCUCAGAGUGCCUACCCAGACCUGCCAUUGGCCUCUUCGCCUGCUCGGCAGCAUCUACAGGAACAUGCGGAGAAGAGACCGUAUGCCUGCCCACUGUGCCCAGAAACAUUCAAUAACGAAGCCAGCGUUAACGCUCAUAAGACUGAGAGUCACAGGCUCCGGCGAGCACUGAAAUGUGACGUUUGUGGAAAGGCUUUCUCCAGCUUGAGAAACUGGGUGAGGCACAGCCUGCUACACAAUGGCCGCAGUUCCCACAGCUGCCUCUUGUGUGAUCAGUCGUUCGCCAACAACCAUGCUCUCCAGGACCACCUGAGGAUUCACAAUAACGACCUCCGUUUCCCUACAGCAGAAAUUCCAUCGGAGCCCCUGCUGUUUCCGCAUCAGUGCUGGUGGUGUAACGUCAGCUUUUCGACAGGAGAGCUGCUCUACGCUCAUCAGAUAUGCCACGCUGUUGGUGGUAAGUGUCUUCCCUGCCCUCCCAAGGCUCCUCCCAGUGCCCAGGCACCCAGCACCAUCACUGUAACAAGCACAGCACCCGCACCUUCCCCCAAGCAAAACCAGCUGUCCUUAGCUCCGGCGCAAUCUGUGUCAGAAGAUGCUCCCAUUCCAGAGAUUGAUGAGGAAAGCCUGUUCAACUACGCCCAUCCUGACAGCCUGUAUGUGGUCCCAGACCCCAUUCCACCUCCACCAAUUCCCAGACACUCCUUGUCACGGUCCAAGGGCCGUUCCUCAUCUCAAGCUUCAAGUCUUGUAUUGUCUCAGCAGACCAUUGUACUGGAUGAGGAGCCUCCACCCAGACACUCCACAGAGACCAGUUCAAAAGCUCCCAACGCCAGUCCAACCGUUCUUGAUGCUAGUUCAAUGCAAGAGAGAAAUCUACCUCGAACCCGCAGCCAGAAAAGAAUGAUGGAGGCAAUGGCCAACCUACCCCAGUUGCAACAGACACUAUCCUCCAAACACAAGUCUAAAGAGGGACUCAAAAGUUUCUCCAUCACUGUAACGCUACAGGACUCGAGAGGCUUUGAAUGUGCUGACUGCAGCCUACACUGUUUCUGA